AUGGGGCGGCGUCUCCACGGCAACGGCGGUGUUGUUGAUACAGCCUGUUGCCUGGUUACACCGCGUACUUGAGACAAUGAUUGUUCUACUUCGGACACCAAGUUUGUCGUUGUUGCUUUUUUAAUCUAUAACUGUGAAAAUGAAGAUGUGAGCGAGGCAGAGAAAAGAUCAAACAUGGCUGUGUCUGCUAUCAGGAAUUGGUGGAACACCUACCAGUUGGACAAAUCAGACACCAAUAAUGACUCCAGCACAGAGGAGGAGGAGCUGGCAGAGAGAAGGCAGUUGUCCACGAAACUAAAUCAGACUCUGCGGACCAGGCAGCUGCUCGUAGACUUUACCGGUGGAAGACCCGUUUUGAGUCUCAGGGCGCCGCGGGACCUGGUCAACUUCCCGUCUGUCUCACGCCCCCGUUGGCCCAUGGAGUGUGAGGUCAUCGGCGACAUCAUCCAUCACAUAGAGUGGGACCCCCCAGAGCCGGAGCCUUUUUAUCAGCCAAAAGGACAUGAGAGGACAUCGAUGUCAGCUGGAGAGGAGAGAGGGAAAGUGGUAUACUGCAUUGACCAUGCCACUAAACACCCCUAUUUCACCUGCUCUCGUGUGGGAGGGGGCAGGGGGCCCAUCAAGAGCGCCACACUCUGCGAUGUCAAUCAGACGGACGUCACUCUCGAGUUUGAGUCACGCUUCGAGAGUGGGAACCUUCAGAAAGCUGUGCAAGUGGGCGUCCAUGAUUAUGAACUCACCCUGCGCACAGACAUGUACACCGGAAAGCACACGCAGUGGUUCUACUUCAGGGUCCGGAACAUGAAGGCCGGAGUCACCUACCGCUUCACCAUCGUCAACCUGAUGAAGAGCAGCAGCCUGUAUUCUCUGGGUAUGAGACCGCUCUUCUACUCUGAGAGGGCGGCCAAAGAGAAAGGUGUUGGAUGGGAACGCACCGGCUCCAAUAUCAAAUACUUUCGUAACUGCAAUCAGAAUACAAAGGACAACAACAGUGACACCAUCACCUUGUACUCUCUCACCUGGACUCUCCAGUUCCCUCACAACUCAGACACCUGCUACAUGGCCCACUGUUACCCCUACACCUAUUCACACCUGCAGCGCUACCUUCGGCGUGUUACCUCCAACCCGACCGUCGCAUCCUACUGUAAGUUGCGGGUGCUGUGCCACAGCCUCGCCGGAAACACCGUGUACUUGGUGACCAUAACGUCCCGGGGUCUUGGCAAGGGGGAGGGCAGGACCAAGAAGGCCGUGGUGUUGACGGCGCGAGUGCACCCCGGGGAAACCAACGGGUCCUGGAUGAUGGAGGGUUUGCUGGACUUCCUGCUCGGGGACUCGGAAGACGCUCAGUUGCUCCGGGACACUUUUGUCUUUAAGGUGGUGCCAAUGCUGAACCCCGAUGGUGUGGUGGUGGGGAAUUACCGCUGCUCUCUGGCCGGCAGGGACCUCAACCGAAAUUACAAGACAUUGCUCAGGGACUCCUUUCCCUGUGUGUGGCACACCCGUAACAUGGUGGAAAGGUUGGUGGCUGAGACGGAGGUAGCUCUGUACUGUGACUUUCACGGCCACAAUCGCAAAAACAAUGUGUUCAUGUACGGCUGUAACAGCCGAGGUGAUGCGUCGCUGAAGCUUCACGAAAGAGUUUUCCCGCUUAUGAUGAGCAAGAACGCAAGUGACAAGCAAUAUGUGGAACACUCUUCCUCAUUCACCACAUCUCCGGGGCAGUGUCUACUCCUGGACGUUCAUUCCUGCGUAGUGUGCGUUCAGCCACAACAUCUAAACUACGCUGCCCUUCCUCAGUUCUCCUUCAAGAGCUGUAAAUUCCAGGUGCAGAGGAGCAAAGAGGGAACGGGACGAAUCGCCAUGUGGAAACUCGGCAUCAGAAACAGCUACACCAUGGAGGCCACGUUUGGAGGCUCCACCCUGGGUGACAGGAGAGGGACGCAUUUUACUGCUCGAGACCUGAAGUCCCUGGGCUUUUAUUUUUGCGACACCCUGCUGGACUUCUGUGACCCCGAUCCAAUGAAGACCACUCACUGUCUGACAGAGUUGGCAGCAUUGUUAGGAAAGGAGGUCAGAGAGAGGCUGGGCAAAGAUUUGGGCACCAACUGCAACAUCUCUGUGUCUGACCUGGAAACCAGCACCGGAGGAUCGAAUAGUUCCGAUUCCGACGGACUCCCGCUUCAUAUGCUGAACCAGCCACAAACUGUCCGUCCAGAGCAAACUCCAGCGAGGAAGAAAAAGAAACGCUUAAGGAGUCGCAAAGAGAGGAACAGGCUGCGACCAGAGAGAGCGAAGAACAACGCGCAGCCAAAGGUCCUGCAAAGCAGCAUCAAAGAUACUGAGUCCAGUCUGCCACACGAGACCACAGCUACAGAGAGCGUCCCAGAGGGGCCUGUUGGUGGGCACAGAAGAAAAUGGCAGGUGAACAGUGUGAGGAAAAAUGCUGCGAUCCCUCCUCCCAGUACUCAUCCUGGGGAGGUCAGUCAGGUGACCCUGUGGCAGGGCUGCGAGCCCGUCAAGGGCGACUGUCGGGAGAACACGAGCGCUGCGCACUUGCAUCGCGGGUCAAAAGCAUGUCCACAUCUCAGCAAAUGCUCGACCAUGUCACCUCACACAGACGACCUCAGGAUGAACUCAGGACAGUGGCGAUGCUCCUCUCAGCUGCUGCACCUGAGUGCUCUGAUUCUACCUCCUGUGGAACUCAUGCAUCCCAACCGGCGACAGCAUCACUACCCCCCACGGACUUUCCUGUCCUACAACGUUUACAGAGGACGGCUGCCUUCGCUGACGACGGCCCACAGGUCUCCCUCGUCGAUGUGUGUCAAGAUGGUUCCAGACAAUAUUCCAAAGAAGCGCCUGCUGUCAAGUUUCACCAAUGACAAGUUCAAAGGCCGGUAUAUUCAAGGAGAUAUCUCACAGGUCUCAGAAAGUUACACUGUGCCUGAGGAGUCCUCCACCUCCCACACGGAUAUAACUAAGCGGCAGAAUGAGGAACAGGAAGACGAUCCCUCAGAAGUGGGCUUGUUGAGAUCUAUACCACUUGGAGAGCAGAGCCAGAGAGCUGUCCCCCCUGACAUCCCCCUGAGAGAAAAUCAAUCACACAGCAAUUUAUUUGAGCCUGUGCUAAGGGCCACAGACCUGAGAGGAAAAAGACUAUGUAAAGAGACUGUGGGGGACAAAAGGCAUCUGGGUGUUUUACCCCCUGUGUCAAAACCUUCAGGCCUCGUGAAGAGGAACCUUCCACGUCCACAGAGCGACACCCUCGCUAGGCUUCAGGCUUCGGGCAUCAGAUACUAUCGCAGCGGAAGAGAAAGUUCGGCUCCACAGGAGGCGAUUGUCACCACCACAAGACCAUCUCAGUCUGCACCGCUGUAGGGCACUUUAUGUACAAUCUGAGAAUUUAAGAUUAAGUAUUUAUUCUCUCUGGCCAGUCAUGUGAACCUCCACUCACUGUUUGAAUUUCAACACAUAUGCUUGGAUAAGCACACUCUAUUACCUCAUUUAUACGGCUCUCUUGACACGGGUCACAGGAGCGAAGGAGAGAAGAUAAACUCAAAAUAAUAGUUACUAUCCAAUGGAAAUCUUUGUCCAAUGUUAAAUUAUACAGUAUAUAAUACACAUACUUUUUUAAUAAAAGUGAUAUGAACUCUGGGCUGCACGGUGAUGUAGUGGUUAGCACUUUUGCCUCACAGCAAGAAGGUUCUGGGUUCAAGUCCCGGUUCAAACCAACCAGGGCCUUUCUGUGUGGAGUUUGCAUGUUCCCUACAGUCCAAACACAUGCAGAAUGGGGUUAGGUUCAUUGGAGACUCUAAAUUGACCGUAGCUGUGAAUGUGAGAGUGAAUGGUUGUUUGUCUCUGUAUGUGGCCCUGCGAUAGGCUGGCGACCUCUCCCGGGUGAACCCCGCCUAUUGCCCAAUGUUAGCUGGGAUUGGCUCUAGGCCCCCCGUGACCCUUACAUGGAUAAAGUGGUAGACGAUGGAUGGAUGGAUGGAUGGAUAUUAACUCUAUAAAAACUGUUUGUUUUUUUUGUUGCAAAAUCCUAAUACUACUGCAUAGUGUUGAUAUUAGUAUGGACCAGGUUAACUAAUGGUUAACCUUUUGCCUGGAUUUACAGCACCACAAGCUGUGAUGGAGGAGAUCACAUUACCUCAUAAAUGGUGUACAGGCGACGUGUUAUGUAGAUUUUCUUUAUUACAACUCUACAAAAACAACAAUACAAUUCUGUGAAAUACAAAAAUAUAUAUGGUCAAACACUUUUUCUUUAAUAAACACUUUAAAAAUUA